CACAUUUCAAACUAGAAUGGCGACCGCCGUCUGCGGUCUGCAGUCUACCGGCAGUAAAUCAGCGAAGCUACACCGAGACCAACGGAGAAAAGCGAAGGACUCAAGGAGACGACAGGCGGCUCUGUUGUUUCUUACGAAUAUCUCACUCGAUGGACGGCCGCCGUGUCAACUUAGUAAUGGAAAUACCGACCAAAAAGCCGGCGAGGAGCUCCGUCUCGGAGACAGAGACGGAGGCGCUACGGUCGUGCCCCUACCGGCGGUUAGCCAACGGUCGGUCUCCCAGGUGACAGACACCACUGCGGCCGGUAGUAGCUCAUCCUCCAGUUUUCAGGGGGUGAUUAGUCCUACCCGACCUUCUUUGGUAAUGUCUCCGGGAACAGCCGGGACAAGUGCCGUGGGGGCUAACGAGGUAUUUUUGGAGGGUGGCAGUGUCGCGGAGACCCCUACACUGGACACCCCUCUGUCGCCUGUCCCUGCCGGACACCAGCAAUGCUCCCGGGUCAGGUCAACACCCACCGCGCUGAGCCCGGUCCCGGCGGGGAAUUCUCUGGAUUCGCGGCAGAGGUUAAGGAAUGUCUCUGGCUCUCCUGGGCCCAAGGUGCCAAAGAAAGUCCACUUCAUCAAGAGUAUGAGGCAGUAUGACACCAGGGGAUGCAGGAUCGUGCUGAUUUGUGCCAAGCGGUCGCUAUAUGCUGCUUUCUCAGUGCUGCCCUAUGGAGAGAGUGCUCACCUCAGUGAUGCAAAGCUGGAGGCUCAAAGACAAAGGUUGUCGUCUGUGGUGGCAGUUGACCUGCUACCUUCCCUGGAGGGGGUGGAGCUGGGCGCCAUCGGCAAGACAGUGUCGUAUGCUCAGUUUCUUUAUCCGACCAAUGCCUUAGUGAGGCAGAAGAGCAGCAGCGGACCACCAGAGAGCUGUACAGCUCAGACUCCUCAGUCACGUUUCCGUGGCAACGGGCAGAGGAACUUCACCCCUGCUCGUCUGAACAGCAGCGUGGCUCAGGACCCAUGUACAGAGGAGACGGUGGAGUACGAUCCUAACCUGCUCAGUGACCCUCAGUGGCCCUGUGGGAGACACAAAAGGGUCCUGAUAUUUGCAUCAUAUGUGACGACUGUGGUCGAGUACGUGAAACCAUCUGACCUGAAGAAGGACAUGAAUGAGACUUUCAGAGAGAAGUUUCCUCACAUCAAACUGACUCUGAGCAAGAUCAGAAGUCUGAAGAGGGAGAUGCGGGCUGUGAGCGAGGAGUUUGGCCUUCAGCCGGUCACCACGGCAAUGGCUUUUGUUUACUUUGAGAAGCUGGUGCUGCAGGGUCGCCUCAACAAGCAGAACAGGAAGCUGGUGGCAGCGGCGUGCAUGCUGCUGGCUGCAAAGAUCAGCAGCGAUCUGCGGAAGCCAGAAGUCAAACAGCUGAUUGAUAAGCUGGAGGAGCGAUUCCGUAUAAACAGGCGAGAGCUGAUUCCCCUCGAGUUCCCUGUGCUGGUUGCCUUGGAGAUGGGACUUUACCUCCCCGAGAGCAAGGUCAUGCCACACUACCGCAGGCUGGUGCAGCAGGGUUAGGACCGGAUCUGGUGAAGCCUGACACUCCAGUGGUUUCAUUAGCAACCUCAGCAGGUGUGUGAGAGUGUGUGAAGAAAGCUGGACUUUGAGUUUGAGCUGACCUUGUGUGAGAGCGUGUUUGAAUCGACCAGUUAAUAAGCUGUGGUGUUACGUCUGGUAAUAUUUAUUUCUGUCAGUCGUGACUUGAGUCGCUCACUGUAUAUGAAGAAUAACUUGUUUACACUUGAUGGCAAAUAUCAUAGACUUGAUGGUGUGUUUCUGAAUGUGUUUCUAAAUGUUUGCGUCUUUGUCGUUCUGAUCUUGAGCUCUAUGUUAGAGAUGGCCAAUGAGCACAUUAAUGGUGCUUUUUCAAUCAUGUGACACAUUAUUAUUUUAAAGUGUUCUUCAUGAGAAUGUUUGUGUUUUACACUCGUCACCCGCACCUUUCUCUUUACUAUACACUUGCAGCCUGUAUAGUAUUUAUUAGAACAAAGAACUCACUGCUGAUUUUUUUUAUGCCUUUAAAUCCACUGUGACACUGACACGUUUUUAGCCAUUAGACUGAAACAUGACACUGUAGAUUGACUAUGGGGGAACUGUGUGAUAUUUUGUAGUUAUAAAAGUGGAAGAGGCCUUUUAAUUUAUGAUGAUUUUAUAUUUGUAUUCUCGUGCCACAAUAAUGCAGCCUCAGUCAUGUAUUUAUUGUACAGAGGGAAAACAUGGGUUAACACUCCUGUGGUUACAACUUUCUGAUUUACACAAUAACAGGAUUGUAGAUUUGUAUUAUUACAGUUAAUGUAUUGUUUUUAUCUCAUAACGUUACCCAGGGAUUUGUCUUUUGAGAAAAAUGCACUGGAGUAGUCUGGCUAGUUGUCAAGUAUUCAGUUCUCAGGAAUUUUACUUUCUUUGAAUGUCUCAUCAUAAUGUUUCUGACCCAAAGAGAAGCUCAAAGUAGGGAUGCAUGAAUCCAAAAAUUCACUCUACUUGCAGAUCAAUGGAUGUGUGUUGAUACUGAGUGCCAUUACGAGUGUUUAGGUAAAAAGCUAAAUGACUAUGGAGAGAUGGGAUCAUCUAUAUGUCUAAGUCAGGCUUGACUUCAUCAUCACUGUCCUUUCCUGUAGUGCAGGGCUGUUAAUCCAGUUUUAGUUAGGAUUUAGACUUUCCACAGUUGUGAAAAAUAAUCAAGAUAGAUUAAUUACUGUGCAGCAUGCCAUGUUGUGCUCGUUCUAUCCAGGUUUUGUCAUGUGUGGUAAAUAAAGAGCACCCUCCCUUCA